AUGGCAGAAACUUCAGAUUCAACUACCAUGGAUAAUGAUGCCAGUGUUGAUUCAGUUCAAUCUUAUGAUGAAGCUGAAGCUGAAAAAGUUUAUCAAGAACAAGCUCAUCUUUCCCCCACUAGAAGUAUAGCAAGAAGUCUUAGAAAUUCUCUUCAUACUGUUCAUUCCAGUAUUGAAGAUAAACAUGAAUUAGAACGUUUAGUAACGAAUAAUAGAGGGGUGGAAAGAAUUAUAAGUGAAUUACAAGAAGGUACUGGUAAAUUAGGUCCAUUAGAAGAACCUUAUGAUUUAAAAAGAAUUGAAACUCAUGCUGAUCCAAAUUCAGAUUUUAAUGAAGAUGAUGAAUGGAAAUAUCCUAUUGAUCAAGACACUGGAUUAAGAUUAGUGGAAUUUAUUCCGGGUGAUAAAAAAAAUCCUAAAAAUCUUUCUAAAGCUAUUAAAUGGGUUUAUACUGGGUUAUUAGGGUCUAUUUGUUUUGUGGUGGCCUUAGGUUCUGCCAUUGUUACCGGUGAUUUAACCCAUCCUGCUGAAUAUUUUGGUGUUAGUGAAGAAGUUAUUAUCUUAGCAUCAGUUACUAUGUUCGUUAUCGGUUUUGGGGUGGGUCCAUUAGUUUUCGCUCCCGUUUCUGAAGAAGUGGGUAGAAAACCAGUUUAUGCUGUUACUUUAUUCAUGGCAGUUAUAUUUAUUAUUCCAUGUGCUUUAGCAAAAAACAUUGCUACUUUAAUCGUUUGUCGUUUAAUCGAUGGUAUUUUAUUCUCAGCUCCAAUGACUCUUAUUGGUGGUUCAUUAGCUGAUAUUUGGGAAGGUAAAGAUCGUGGAGUAGCUAUGGCUAUCUUUUCAGCUGCUCCUUUCCUUGGUCCAGUUUGUGGUCCAGUUUUCGGAGGUCUUUUGGGUCAAUAUACUUCUACUUGGAGAUGGAUUUAUUGGUGUUUCUUAAUCGUGGCCGGUAUAUUUUAUACUGUUUUCAUUACGGUGGUUCCAGAAACUCAAGCUGGUAUCUUGUUAAAGAAAAGAGCUCAAAAAUUAAGAAAAAUUACUGGUGAUUCUCGUUAUAGAUCAUUAAAUGAAUUAAAAAUUAGAUCUUUUAGUGAAGUUGCUAAAACCUCAUUAUUAAGACCAUUUGUUUUAUUACAAGAAUUAAUUGUCUUUUUAGUCACUUUAUACAUGGCUGUGGUUUACGGAUUAUUAUAUAUGUUUUUCUUUGCUUAUCCAGUUGUCUUUAUGGAAGGUAAAGGAUUUUCAGCCACUAUUACUGGUCUUAUGUUUUUACCUAUUGGUCUUGGGGUUGUGAUUGCUACUUGUGCUGCACCAUUAUUUAAUGCUGAUUAUAAUAGAAGAGCUCAAGUUUAUAGAGAUAGAGGGGAAUUACCACCGGCUGAAUUAAGAUUAAUUCCAAUGAUGGUUAGUUGUUGGUUUGUUCCAGCUGGUUUAUUUUCCUUUGCAUGGUCUUCAUAUCCUCAUGUUUCAUGGGCUGGUCCAGCCUUUUCUGGUAUUGCUGUUGGAUUUGGAUUCUGUUGUCUUUAUAAUCCUGCUAAUAAUUAUAUUGUUGAUUCUUAUCAACAUUAUGCUGCCAGUGCUUUAGCUGCUAAAACUUUUGUGAGAUCAAUUUGGGGGGCUUGUGUUCCAUUAUUUACAAUUCAAAUGUAUCAUAGAUUAGGAUAUCAAUGGGCCUCAACUUUAAUGGCAUUUAUUUCAUUAGCAUGUUGUGCCAUUCCAUUUUUAUUCUUUAUCUAUGGUGCAAGAAUUAGAACUCAUUCCAAAUAUGCUUAUGCUCCUGAUGUUGAUACUAAGACUGAUAUCGAAACUCAAAAGGAAUCCAGCAGUGAGUAG